UGUGUUCGAGCUAACCACAUCCGUCGCUUGACGCAAUCGAACGAGAGGGCUGGAGCGAGCUACGGUGAGGGGAGAGAGCCGUCCAAAUUUUAUUCGGAAGCUGUUUGGGUUUAAAACGCCGUGUUGUUCACCCUCAAUCGGUUCCGCGCAUCACCCAAAACUUGGCUGGUCGAAACGUCGUCGAAAGCUGCAGUUCCAGCAGCCGGAUCCCCGUGCGGCCUUUCCGUCUGGUUAAGGGGGAGCCCGAAGAGGACAAGCAUUGACUGGCUGGCUGCUUCCUUCCGUGAGCAUGACAAGAUGGGACUAAGGUGAUUUUUUUUUUUUUUUUUUACCCGGCGUCCCUUGAAGCCACCCCAGCAAGCAGUUGAUCUCAGAUCAGCCUCUGGCCGCCUCUUAUCUUGUUGUGACACGCCUCCGCUGACAGUCGAGCCACAUGUCAAAGAAGAUGGACAUCUGACGCAGGGACCAAAGGGUGACACGAGACUUCUCCCCCCUCUCCCCUCUCCCCUCUCCCCUCGCUUUCCCGCCAGAGGCCAUGGCGGGCCUCAAACGUCACCAUGACGGGAAGAUUGCCGGGCUGUACGACCUGGACAAGACGCUGGGCCGCGGACACUUCGCUGUGGUCAAACUUGCCCGGCAUGUCUUCACUGGAGAAAAGGUGGCGGUGAAGGUGAUUGACAAGACCAAGCUGGACCAGGUGGCGCGGGGCCACCUUUUCCAGGAGGUGCGAUGCAUGAAACUGGUGCAGCAUCCCAACGUCGUGCGCCUGUACGAGGUCAUCGACACGGCCACGAAGCUCUACCUCAUUCUGGAACUGGGGGACGGCGGCGACAUGUUCGACUGCAUCAUGAAGCACGAGGGAGGCCUCAGUGAGGAAGUGUCCAAGUGUUACUUCGCCCAGAUCGUGCACGCCAUCUCCUACUGCCACCGGCUGCACGUGGUGCACCGGGACCUCAAGCCCGAGAACGUGGUGUUCUUCGAGAAGCAGGGCGUGGUCAAGCUCACCGACUUCGGCUUCAGCAACAGGUUUCAGCCCGGCAAGAAGCUCAACACCUCGUGCGGCUCGCUGGCGUACUCGGCCCCCGAGAUCCUGCUCGGGGACGAAUACGACGCUCCUGCCGUCGAUAUCUGGAGUCUGGGUGUGAUUCUCUUCAUGCUGGUGUGCGGUCAGCCGCCCUUCCAGGAGGCCAACGACAGCGAGACGCUCACCAUGAUCAUGGACUGCAAAUACACGGUGCCCCCGCACAUCUCCGGAGCUUGCCGAGAUCUUAUCGGACACAUGCUGCAGCGGGACCCCAAGAAGCGAGCGACUCUCGAGGAGAUCGAGAAGCACGCGUGGCUGCGAGGCGUCGACCCGUCGCCGGCCACCAAGCUGUCCACCCCGCUGGUGUCCCACCGCAGUUUGCUGGAAGAAGAGCACGGCUCCAUCAUCCAGCGCAUGGUGCUGGGGGCGAUUGCGGACCGAGACGCCAUCAUAGAGGCUUUGGAAUCAAAUCAGUACAACCACAUCACGGCGACGUACUACCUCCUGGCUGAGAGGAUGCUGAGGGAGCGGCAGGAGAAGGAGCAGCACAGCCAGACGCGCUCGCCAAGCCCCAGCAAGGCCCAGUUCAGGCAGUCUUGGCCCACCCGAGUGGAUGUCCACCAGGAUGUCAGCGAUGGCUUGGGGGGUCCGGCGAUGUCACACCCCGGGGGGCCCCAGUCACCCGCCCGCAGCGCGGAAAGCCUCCAUAAAGGGCCCCGGCCCAAAACGGCUCUGCCGGACCUCAGUCAGAGGCAGGAGAACCAGCAGACAGCCGCUCAGAACCCGGACAAGGGGCUGCGGCCUCUCUCCAAGCCCCACUCCAACCCCCUCAGACUGGGCUCUCUGACCGCAGCGGGGUCGUGCAAAAGUCGCAGUCUCAGCCUUUUCAGCGUGGAGGAGGAUGAGGAAGAAGAGGGGGAGGACGGUUGUUCCCCCUCUGCCCCUCCCGCUCAAGUGGUGCUCCGCUCCAAAGUCUCCUCGUCCAUCGCCUCGUCCCGUAACCGUUUGACGUCGCGCUUGAGCGCCCCGGUUCUCAACCAGAUCCACGAGGACGAGAAAGGGGAGGACGAGGAAGAGGAGGGGGACGGGGACUUAAAAGGGCCGGGCCCGACCAAGCCCGGCCUCAGCCUCAAUUUGAACUCGAGAGCGGCGUCGCCUCCGUCGCCGAAAAGCGUCGGCCCGGCGGCGCCGCCCGUCGCCACCCGGACUCCCUCCUCAGAGAUGAGCGACGACAACGCGGAGAGGCGUCGGCCGUCGGAUGCGGCGGGCCGCGAGGGCGCCGAGGACGGCGAGAAAAGGCCGUCGGCCCAGGACAGCCCCUCUCACUGCGCCAGCCCCGGCUCCGUUUUGGGCCAGGGAAAGAAUUCGGCCAAAGCUUCCAGUGGCCUGGUGGAAAGCCUCAAGUUGAUGAGUUUAUGCUUCAGCUCGCAGUUCCACAACCUGACGGGCGGGGCGGGCGGGGGGACGCCCGGCAACGGCCCCGUCGGCAUUGGCGGGGACCCUCAGGAACGCCCGGUGUGGCGCAUGUGCGUGGGCGGCUCCACCGGCAGCCUGGACAAGGUCUCGCUUCUGGGGGGGCCGUCGCCACGGGGAAACCUCUACCAGCAGCCGCCCCCUUUGGGGGACGCGCGAGCGGACCCCUUGCUGGAGGGGUCUUGCUCGGGGACCCUCGUGCUGGGGGAGCUGGACCUGGCCCGCGAGAACCACAGGAACAUGAAGAACCGUGCCCUGCAGAUGCCUCUGAGCGACAAGACUCUAUCGGUCAACAUCCACCGCAGUCCUAAGGAGGGUCUGCUGUGCACCCCGACCCCUCACAGCUGCUGCCAGGUCAUCUAGGGGGCGGGAGUGUACGCACUCCUCCGCUCACUCGUUGUCUUUUCAUCCAGGCUUGGGCGCGCGCGGCUGUGGCAAGCUGUUUGAGCAUUUAUCGCAUAUUCUUGAUAGCCACCUCAAGGUCCGUGUACUAGUAUGCACUUUGUCCUCACUAAUAAGACAAUUCAGCACACUUGUAGAACGACGAGGGUGACUGUCUUAAUGGCGAUGUUUUUUUCCCCCUCUCCACUGCUAAUGCCGGUUCAGGCCUCAAUUAAAACAGAAUCAGUCAACUGCAGUGCUGGACCAUGGAGUAGGCAUGUGUCACACACUAGUAGCCUCUACUAGUGUGACUGAAAUGCUCCACUAGUUCUGCUUACUCGUGUGCAGAAACGUUAUACGGUAGUGAGGAAAACUUUCUCUUUGUAUGUAUUUUAUUUAACCUUUUAUUUAUUCUGGUCAUGCAGUUCAGAACACAUUUGCAACGCUGACCUGACAAGUUCUCUUCUUACGAGUUCUUUUUACUCGUAAGGCACAGUUGUGUCCCACUUGUUCGACGAGGUCUACGUGGACCUAAAGCUUGAUAUGAAAGAUGCUUGAAUACAUCCUCAAAUGGCUUUUUGAGCAAUUAUUCGGGGUCUUGAUCUCCAGCCACAGCUUCACUCGUAAUACUAGGAGAAAACAGAGGUCAGCUUCGCCUCACUCGUAACAUGUAGUUGUUUUACUGAUCCGCCAAAGUGCUACUAUUGUACAGAAGUUUCAUACAGUCAUGGGAAAAAAAAAUCAUCAUUGCUACAAAACAUGUCAAACGACUCGUGUGCCGAAUUGUCUUGGUAAUAAGGACAAAGAGUGUUCGUGUGGACCGUGAGCUGGACAUCAUCUCAAUGGUCCAACAGCUUUCGGUCCAUCGUCACACUUGACCGUUGUUGUUUGGGGGAUCACCCGGGAGGCGAUCCAAAUUCUGACCUUACACGUUAAGAGACGAUGUGGCCUGUUUGAAAAAAAAAAAGAGAGGCAUUCAGUGCACUAUUGUUAUGCACAAAGGUUUGCACACAGUCAAUCAUGUAAUAUACUAAACCAUACAAAACACUGACUUCACUUGCUGUUCAAAGGAGCAUCCGAGCAGUUUUCAUCUCGUUACAUUUUGUUGCACUGUUCUGGUUUUUAUUUCCUUAUGUUUAAAUUAUUUUUUUAAGAUUUUGUGUGGGGGUUUUUUUUUUGACUUGGGGGGGAAAAAAAAAGACGACUGAAAGUGUACUUUCAUGAAAACGGGGAGAAAUGAAAGAGUCAAGAUGGUGGCGCACAAUAUUUUGUAGUCCAUCGCUUUUAUUUUUCUAUCUGGAGUGUCCACACUGCUAAGAAAAGAAAAAAAAACCCCCAACAACCCACACAAGCCAAUGUGCAGUGUGCAGCAGACUUUUAGUGUACAUAUGUGAAUAAGACUCUGAAGCACUUCAUCUAGUGUUGACGUAUCGCCGUAGAAAGCACCAUUACUCCUCUCUUCCUGCUGGAUUAUUGAAACACCCAGAACUUGAAAAGUGACUCAGACUGGAAACAAAACAAACAAACAAACAAAAAAAAGACAUUACACUCAUGUAUAUACCUGUACGUACUUACACCAAAAAUGGCAGCUCUUUAUCUUAACAUUGAAAAGGGAAUUAAGCGGUUGGAAGUGAACCUGCGUCCAUCCGGAGGUUUGACGGGAAUCAUGGUAGCCGCUGUUGUAGCGUCAUUCCAAAAACAACCCUGAUGGAGAUGGAUUGGGGGGGGGGGGGUUCCUCUUCCUAUAGCUCAUGACAACAGUGCCUCCCUCACCCAAAUCAAGCAUCGCUGUGUCUAAUUGGAUGUGUGACUCACCCCUGGUGGAAUCUUCAGAUUGACAAUGCAUGUGAUCUUGCUGUAGCAACCUACAAAUCCACCUGUUGCGUGCGUGCGUGUGUGUGCGCGCGUGCGUGUGUGAGUGCGUGUGUGUGUGUAGAUAGAUGCAGAUCUAUCUUGAGAUCGCUAAAUCUAGAGAUCUCUAGAUAUCUAUUUCUAGAUAGAUCGAGCUAUCUAGCUAUCGAUCUAGAUAGCUCGAUAUCGAGAUACAGCUAUCUAUGUCGUUACCACUAUCUCGAUAUCUACCUAUCUAUAUCUAGAUAGGUAGAUAUCGAUCUAUCUAUUGAUAGAUAGCUGGAUAUAAUACAUACACGCACGCAUGCACACUAAUACCUGAGGGACAGAUGAACAAACUCACAUGAUACUGUAGCCACACAGCAAUACCAGCGACU